CACAACACUCUCCCCAGCUCGAGUAACCACAGCGAGAACCAAUCGCCAAGCAAAAAGCCCGAGAAAGAAAGAACAAACAGGAGACACAGAUGGCGGCUGCAGCGAAGGCGUCGUGGAUGGUGGCGAUGAGCGUCGGGGCCGUGGAGGCGCUCAAGGACCAGGCGGGCCUGUGCCGCUGGAACUACGCGCUGCGCUCCGUCCACCGCGCCGCCAAGGCCAACGCUCCCAGCUUCGCGCAGGCCAGGAAGCUGGCGCCGCCCGCCGCGGACAAGGCCGCCGCGGAGGAGGGGAUGAGGACCGUCAUGUACCUCAGCUGCUGGGGCCCUAACUAGCUAGGGCCUCUGCUAGUUUCGGCUUCCUGCAACCGUACCGAGCUCGGCUUCAAAUCUGAUCCAUGACUGGUUGCCUUGCCGACCCACUGUAACAUAGGAGUAUAGCACCACGAUGAUGAUGAUGAAAAGUUCUGCCACUUGAUUUCAGUUCCUCAAAACUCUGAAUCCCUACGCUACUGUGCUGGCAUGGAAAUAAAAUGAAGAGUGCAUUUCUGUUC